AUGUGCUGUUCCAACGCGGAGCGGAUCCAGAUCCUUUACUUGCCCAUCUCGGAUAUCGGUCGGUAUCUGACGCUGGUCCCGAGACUCAGGGUUCUUGCGUGUGUCGCCUUUCAAAUCGACAAGAAUCUUAUUGGACCAAGCUAUUGGAACCACGGAAUGGGUGAGGUGGAGAAGGAGUGUUGGACAAGACUGAAGGAGGGCCGGGUGAGACAUCUGGAGAUGAUUUCGUUUGUGCAAGAGCACCAGCGCCACCACCGUAAUGUGAUCCAGACCGCGCGAUGUGCUAACGUUCGCGUUUAUGAAGAUCAAUGUCCAGAAGACUACACGAUACGGUUGCUGCAGUCGCUCCCUCCGCUUGUUAAGCCCCAGUUUCUGGACUGCCGCAACUGGGACCAGUUUGUCGCCCAUUUGCCAGACAGGGACUUGUCGUUCGUCAGGGAGAUUCGCACUAGAAAAGCCUUUGAUAGAAACAUAAAGCUAGUGACGUUUCUGCGUCGGCGCCGGUCCCUCGAGAGUAUCCACGCGACGUCCUCUGUCGAGGGUAUAUUCAAAUGGGCCGUCCAGGAGCGCAAGGACUUUAAUGAUGCAGCCGCUGUUCAUAACUGUGGAGCGGCUGUGGCAGCUUCCGAACAGAGAUCGUUAGUGCCGCUUCGAGAUUAUGAUGUCAUGUGCAGCGGGGCGCAUGCCGGGCGCCAGGCCAGCGAUGUCAUCUACGCCUUCAACAAGACUUUGGAGAACAUCAAAGUCAAAUUCUGCGGGAUCACGACGACCUAUGGUUCCCAGCGCUUUCCUGAUUUUGUUCUUGGCCGCAAGAUCGACGACGACGACGACGACGACGGUCAUAGACGCUCAGGAGCACCCCGGAACUUGGUCCGCCUAGAGUUGCAUUUAUAUGCCUUCCAGAAUGGCGCUCCUGCUGCUCCUGUUGCUACAGGUGGCCAAGGCGAGGCGGACGAUAACAGCAGUAUGCUAAACGGUAUUCCCGACUCCUUUACAAAACCAACUCAACAGGGCCCUGUCGCCUGGACGUGGGACUGGGAUAUUCCCAAGUUGAUAAAUCUCUUUCUGGUCGCCGAGUUUGCUCUCAAGUUUCAGUUCCGGAUGCUCGAUAGCACCCCCAACUUGAACUAUCUCUCCCUCAACGUCAAUGGUGGCGCAGGACCAGAACGUAAUCGGACCAUUGGGAUCAAAGAGUUGCUCAGGCCUGGGUUCCGACAUUCUUUGCUACCCCUGUUCUUAGAACGGGAUCAACAGCUCUGCGAGAGGCGACGGCGGCGCCAAGUGGCGUCGGAUAGGGUAGAGGACGACGACGACGACGACGCGAUCUUUCAACUGCAACGGCAAGAAGAGAAGGAGGAUGAUGAGCUUUGGCGCCAGGAAUUCCAGUUUCUUCAACUUCCAAAACUCCAAACGUUAAGCUUGAUCGGACACUGGGACGUGGACCACCCCCGAGUCCUCAACGCGUUCUUCUCAAAAGUCGCUCCGCGGAUUACGAGCUUGUGGGUGGAACCCGUUAGUGACGGUCGCUGUUACUGUCAGGAGGGGUUUAUGAUCCCCGAGCUGAUCCGGUCGACGACCGAGAACUUGCACGAGUUGAACGUAUGUGUUGUCAAGAUUCCGUUCAAGCUCGAGUUGAUGGUCGAGACCGGUUUGGUCGAUGAUACUAGCUACGACCGGGAAUUGCCAGGUGCUGGUUGGUGGAGGGUGUUCGUGAUGGUUGAGCGGCCGGCUGGGAGGAGGUUGAAUUCCCCUGCACGGUACCGAUUCCGAAAUGAGGCGGGGACAGUAUUGUAG